GCCGCUUCUGCCGGAGUCUCCAGGUGUUUGCGGUCCUACAAUGGCUCUUCCUCUUCUUGGGGCUGUGUGAGUCCCUGAAUCCCUGGACUUAACCUCCUCACACACGCCUGAGGCUCUGCUGCCCCAUUACAGGGGGGAGCCCAGGUGUGCCUGGCUCUGCUGAUCCUUGCACUCCUAAGCCGGGCCUGGAUACUAGGGGUCCUCUACCUGGUCUGGCUCUAUGGAGACAGGAACACCCCACAGACAGGAGGCCGCAGAUCUGCCUGGGUCCGCAACUGGGCCAUCUGGAGACACUUCCGGGACUACUUCCCCAUCUCGUCUCACCACGGGGGCGGGGUGUGUCUCCUCUGCCCCCCAGCUGGUUAAAACCGCAGAGCUGGAUCCCUCCCACAACUACCUCUUCGGCUUCCACCCUCACGGCGUCCUGGUCAUCGGGGCCUUUAGCAACUUUUGCACCGAGGCCACCGGCUUCUCCCGCCUCUUCCCUGGCUUCCGCCCACACCUGCUCAUGCUUCCCUUUUGGUUCCACCUUCCUGUCUUCCGGGACUGCAUCAUGCUUAGUGGUUUGGUGUCCUCAGCCAAGGCCAGCAUCGCCUAUCUGCUGUCUAGGCCUGGCGGCGGCCAGGUGGCCGUCCUGGCCGUGGGAGGGCCCCUGGAGGCGCUGGAGGCAAAGCCCGGAGCGCUGAGCUUGCGGAUCCGGAAUCAGAAGGGAUUCGUCAAGCUGGCGCUGGAGCACGGGGCCUCUCUGGUUCCCGUCUUCUCUUUUGGGGAGAACGACGUCUUCCAGCAGGUCCCGAACCCCCCGGGUUCGUGGUUGCGGAUGGCUCAGGAGGCGCUGCAGCCGCUCCUGAGGUUGUCCCUGCCGCUGUUCCACGGCCGCCUGGGCCCCCUGCCCUUCCGCAGCCACAUCUGCACCGUAGUGGGGGCCCCGAUCCAGGUGCGGCGGAGCCCCCGGCCCGGCCGGGCGCAGGUGGACGCGCUGCACGCGCUCUACGUGGAGCGGCUCACACAGCUGUUCGAGGAGCACAAGGCGCGCUACGGGGUCCCGGCCGACCAGCACCUGAUCCUCACCUAGGCGCGCCAGCGCCUCCCAUCCCCUCCCCCCCUGCCGCCCCCUAGGACUGUGGAUGGGGGUGACAUUAAAGGCGGGAACAGACUCGC